AUGGYGGAAAGGAAAUUGGAUGUAAACUUAUUUGUCGUAAAAUUAAUCGCAUUUAUAUACUUAAUUACUACAAAAUACACAGCUCAAGCAAGUAAUAUAGAUUAUAGUUGUUAUGAUGAAUCAUGUGGAAGAAAAUAUCACCCCAGAGGACCUUUGAUAAAUUGUACAUUCGUGCCAAGAGAUUUCCUGGAUUGCGAAACAGUACAAGAUCUUGCCGGUAAUGCGACUAAGAAGCAAGAGUUGGGUUAUGGAUGUGUGAAAUUUGGAGGAUCUCGAUAYGAGGAAGUGGAGAGAUCUAGAGUGUGGUGCGAGGUUUUACAAGGAAUAGAAUGUUAUGGUGARAGGAGAUUUCUGGGCCAUGAAGAACCUUGUAUCAAAUAUUCAGGACAUUACUUUGUCACGACCCUUCUCUAUUCCAUUCUACUUGGUUUUCUUGGYGUGGAUAGAUUCUGUCUUGGUCAUACUGGGACAGCUGUUGGCAAACUACUAACAUUAGGUGGUCUUGGGAUAUGGUGGGUACUCUGUCGUUAA